AUGAGUGAUCGCAAUGAGAGCGCUGGUUCUGAGGGAACCGACAUUCCAUUCCCACUCCCUAACGCUAUAGGGUUUCAAAGUUCACCAAAUGCAGUGUUGCCAGACACAUUCGGUCGUCCAAAAUCACAAGAUGAAUUGCAUGAUGCCGCUCCAGCUCCUCUUCCUUCAGUAUUGCUCACCUCAACCGAUGGAUCUCGUUCAUCGACGCCAACUUCAACGAUACCACGAAUGAGCAUAUCUGGUGCAUCAAAAGAUAGUCGUGCUAGUGUCACAGCAUCCUCAAACAGACUGCAUGAAGCAGCUUUACGAGCUAUUACACCUACAGAUGCUCAAAUGAGUCCAGAGGAAUCUGACAGGAUAAUGGCACAAGCACUAAUUGAAAUGGAGGAGGAAGCCGUCAAAAUCGGACGUGCUAGACGUGCAUCUGUAGCUGGUGGAGAUAGUCUGCUAGUCAAUCCACGAGAACGAAGAGCCAGUAUGGUGCGACGACAAUCUAGUCUCUAUGGUGCUAGCAGUGGUAGUGGUGGUCGAGAUAAGGGUCGAGCAUCUACAUCCGUCGACAAUAGACCUACUUCCAAUGGAAAUGCGGACGCGCUACGCCCUGAUGGUCAACAAUCCCAACCCCGAUCCCGUUCUAGAAGUGUUUCUGUAAAUCACCCUAGAACUGUUCCAACAACCGGACCUCCUGGUAACGACAAUAGUGCUGCUUCUGCUGCAGGUCUCGCUGCUCAAGCACGACACCCAGAAGGUGCAAAGAAGGAUCGAAGCCCUUCGAGGAAUGAACCACCAGCUAUGAGGAUUGAUAUUCAGCAAAGGAAUGCUAGUACCAAUUCACCACCACAAGGAUCUCCGACUGAUCAAAUGUCUCCUCGAGCUACAGAUGCUAAGAGGAUUAUGCGUCCAGUAUCAAUGAGUGGAGAACCAAUCCCACCAUCAGAAGUCAUGCCUUCACAUGUUAACUUUUAUCGAACUGCAAAUAGAGGCAGUAUUCCACACGCAGUUAAAGGUGAUGAUGGUGGACGCUACGUAGGCUAUUCAGGUGUCGGACGACGUGACUUGAGACAAUUGCAAAAAGAUCAACGAGCUGAAAACUUUAAGAGUGGAGUCGUCAAGAGACGUGCCAAAGAAAAGGCAGCUUCGAUUGAAGCUUUGAAUGGAAAGCCAGGACAACAAGGACAAGUUGCUAUUGAAGUAGAAAAGACUGCUGAUUUGGAGAGUCCUGGUGCUAGAUCACGAAUGCCAACACCCUUCCAAACAAAAUCCGAACGAUCACAACUAAAGGGCAUCAAAAGAUACAUUUACGAUGUUCGUCGCUGGAUGAGGAGGCAUCCACUUAAGAAAAUCAUGACAGUUCCAAUCUGGAUGAAGAACAUUAAAGCCAUCGAAACUAAAUUCGGAACUGGGAUUGCUAGUUACUUUGUGCUGGCUCGUUGGGUGUUUCUGCUGAACUUCGUAUUGGCAUCGAUAUGGUUUUGGUUUGUCUUUGUGGAAGGAUUUUUGGGAAUGUUUGAGAGUGUUGGUGGUGGUCAAUCACGGGUUGCUAGUCUUGGCGGUGGUGGAAGUUUCUUGACCUUUUUUACUGGUGGUUCAGGAUGGGGAUACACUGCCAUGUUUUAUGGUGGUUAUAGUGCUCAAGCGCUCGGUGGAACUUAUCGUCUAGAUUUGGCUUGGAUCUUUUGCAUGUUUUCAUUCUUUGGUAUCAGUUUCCUCGCCAUUGUCAUGACGAUGCGCUCAAUCUUCAUUGCUCGACCAUACCACUCCAGCACCGUCCAACUUGACGAGCAUACGCCAUUUGCAGUAGCUCUCUUCACUGGAUGGGACUAUACCCUCGCAUCCUCCAAAUCCGUCAAAACACACGGUAUGGCUCUUUCAACCGUCUUGAAAGCACUCAUAACCCAAGAAACCAUCAAACGAAGACUCCAAGACCGAUCAGUUCGUGAAAAGAGAAUCUUGAUUGCUAAACGUGUAUUUGCCAAUAUUUGUACUCUUGUCAUCUUGGGAUUGGCAUGUUUCCUCAUUUGGCUGUCUACUGUGGUGGAUGCUUCUAGUAAUCGUUAUGCAUCAUUGGUCAUGUCUGCUAUGAAUGCUGUGUUCCCAAUCGUCUUUUAUUGGUUGUCCAAGUUUGAACAGUGGAGCAGUCCUGAUUGGGAGAUUACCAUGAUGUUGAGUAGGACGUAUGUGCUGAAAAUGGCUUCGAUUUAUGUCGUGCUUUAUGGUAUCUACGUUCAGCUGUAUGGACCAAAUCCCGCUGUCUGCUGGGAAAAUCUUAUCGGUGGGGCCUUCUACCAAUUGAUUUGGCUAGAUCUGAUCAUUACCGCUGUACAAACCGUCAUUGAAGCCUUUAUCUACAACCGAGUAUGGGGUCGAUGGGAGUUUGAUCUUCCAAGCAACACUCUUGAGCUGGUAUACCGUCAAGCUCUGAUUUGGGUUGGCUCAAUCUAUUCUCCCGUAGUUCCUCUACUGGGAGUCGUAACCUGUCUCAUCUUGUUCUACGCCAAGUACUAUACUUUGCUCUAUUUCGGUGAACCACCCAAAAUGAUACACAACUCGUCGAAACAAAGCUUUUGGUUUUUGGCCUUCAUGGGAUGUACUCUGGUUCUAUCUGGAUUCCCGAUUUGGUGGGCCAUGUUACGAAUUCCAUCAUCAUGCGGCCCAUUCAAUCCAUCAACGUGGCCAUACACAGCUACUCAAGGUGCAAUCCUAGUCAUGUAUGAUGUGGUCCCCAAAUGGGUCAAAUCACUCUCAGGAAGUGGAGCUGCCUUCUUUAGCACUAUUUCGGACGUAUCCUUCUUGGGACCAAUCCUAACCUUCCUGGUACUAUGUGUCUUCUACUUGGCCUCGUUGUCCAAAAAGCGAAUGCAGAGGUUGACAGAGCUCGAAGAAGAACUGUUUGAAGAACGAGAAGACAAGAGGUUUUUGAUGAGGUUUUAUAAGAUUCAGACAUAA